AUGAUAAUAUAAGCUGAAUCCUUAUUUUCUCCCAAAUAAAUACUUAGCUAAGCUGAUUGGUUAGUAUGUAACAAGGAGUCAGGACAAACAUUGGUACCUAAAGAUGGCUAUUGCAUGAUUAGUAUGACAAUGCAGGAUAUUUAUCCAAGGGAGACCUCAAAUUUUGUUUUUGGAUAUGCAAGUCUAAGUAAUAGAACAGGCGUCUUUAGCUUUAAGAGGUAUGAUCCAGAGUAUCAGGGUCUUCAGGAUCCUAAUCGUGAAAUUACUUUACUGAGAAACGCCUGUGGAGUUAUGGUACAUGAGACUGCGCAUAUGUUUGGACUUAAGCAUUGUAUUUACUAUAACUGCACUAUGAAUGGUUCCAACAGCUAUGAGGAGUCCACAAGAUUUCUUAGAAACAUAAAAUAAUCAUAAAUUGUUAAAACUAUAUCUGCUUCAACUUGUUCGAAAGUACUUGUUACAGGCGCUUAUUUAAUUCUUGACCCAAAGUAUGAAGGUAUAGUGCUUGCUACUGAUGCUAGAUUUCAUUGUAAAAUCAAUUAAUCAAUGGCAGAAGUUGAUAAGGAUUUUAAAUUUAUCAUAAAUAGCCCAUAGUUCAAUAAAGUAAUCAGAGUAUAAGUAUAAAAAGGGGAGAAUGAUUAAGAAUAGUUUGAUAUCAAACCAGAUGAUUAGUUUAUUGGAAAGUGUAUGUAUUUUCUAUUGCAAUUGAUAAAACUAAGGGAAAUUGAAAUUAAUGAUAAUUAAUAUGAGAUUACUUUGAUUGGUGACAAUUCAUUUUACUCCCAGAGAGAUAAGUUCAUUGAUGAUUUCAAUUAUAAUAGCUUAAGUAAAUAAAUCUUAUGUGAUAACCCAGUUGAUCCACAUAAGAAGACUGGACUUGGAUCUUCUGCUGCCUUGAUUACAAGUUUUUUGGCAUCAACUUUACAGUUGUUUUAAAUAAUUGAUAUUUAAAGUACCAAAGAUCAUGAUUUGAAAUUGCUCCACAUUUACUCAUAGAUUUUGAAUGCUUUUGUCUAGGAGAAAGUUGGUAGUGGGUUUGAUAUAGCUUGCAGUAUUUAUGGCAGUUAAAUCUAUAGGAGGUUUACAAAUGUAAAAGACCUCAAUGAUAUUGUUUAAAAAUUGAUGAGUAAUUACUAAAAGGGCAUUAUCUGUCAAGAUCUCGAGCUAAACUAAUUAAUCUAGACUUUUGAAAAUAAUUUUGAUUAUGAGCAUAAGGUAUUCACUCUGAACCCACUGCUUGAUUUAUGCCUAAUAGAUGUGGAUAGUGGCUCAGAUACUAAAGUAAUGGUGAGAUAAGUUCUUGAUUGGGCCAAGAGGCAAUAAUAGGAUCCUUCAGAUUAAUUUUCAAAUGAACUUUUCUAAGCUUUGAAUCAUAAUUAUUAAACACUUGCAGAAAACUUGAUGAUUGAGAAUCUCACAAUUUAAAAUAAGCUGGAUAUAAAGAAUAAAUGUUUUGAGAUUAGAAGCUUAAUUUAGUAGAUAUCAAAGGAGACUGAGGUAGCUAUUGAACCAUCAGAACAAACUAAAAUGCUUGAUUAGAUCUUGAGUUCACUUGAUUAAGUAUAUUACUCUGCAGUACCUGGAGCAGGAGGUGAUGAUGCUAUUUUUAUACUAGGGGAAAGAGAAAAUCUUCAUCAAUUAAUAUAAUAAGAAUUCUGUGAUACUUACUAAGACAAAAAGAUAUCAGUAUUGCCAGUUAAAGUCCUCAAAACGCAAGCUUUAAUGAUUUAAUAAAGUUUAUGA